AUGGCGAUCCGACUCAUGACCGUUGACGAUGUCCCAAAAGUCAUGGACUACGUAGUCGAAUUGACUUGGCAGGAUGGUUUUCACAAGUACUUCUUCCCUGGCAAGUGGGAACAUCCCUUUGCAUAUAGGAGGUGGUGGACUCAAUACGUGCGCAACUUGGUGCUCAAGCCGGGCGUCUACGUCUACGUGCUUGAAGAGGACUCCAAGAUACUAGGCUGGGUGACAUUAGUUCCCGGAGACAAUCCACCGCCAGCAGGAUUGGAUCUUAGUAAAAGCUCGCCUCGCGAGAAGCGCCUCCGGAGAUUCUACCGCCACCAUGAUAGCAUCCUAGAAAAGAUCCGUCCCAACCGCGCAGUACGAAACGCGCGCCUGGAUUAUUUUCGACAAGUCGCCAUGCCGGAAGUACGCAAGACGGUGUUGACUGGCGAAGACAGCCAUCACUGGAUGAUUGUCGAGUUCUUUGUCGAUCCAGCUCUUCCGCGAUUGGAAGCGGAAGAUGUGUGGAAGAAGCUGGUUGAUGUUGGUCGUAAGCAGUGUCAGGCAGAUGGAGUGCAGUAUUGGGCUGGUGUUGAGAGGUCGUUGGUGGAAACGUUUAAGGCGCACGAAUUCGAAGCCAAGAUGUGGAUGGAGGUUGGGACGGUAGAUUUUGCAGUGAUGAAGUUGGAUGUGAGUAAAUGA